AAACCAAGAUCAAUUUUUGGCAACUUUAGCAACUUUGCUUCCAAACCCAACUGGAAUUAAAAAUAAAAAAAAAAACCACUAUCACACAAACCAAGGACGAGAUCAAUAGUUCCAACUAAAUUGCAAGACAAAAACUGAAGUUAGAAUCAAUGCUGUGAAGGCUGAUUGUUGACCGCUUCUUUCCGCCGAUCCUUCACCCCCACUGUUCGAGGCCGAAAAGGUGCUGCUGCAUGGAUAGUAAACUUAUUCAGCUCGUGCUAGAGAGUUCAUGCUGGUCUAUCUACGCUUUUACUAGUUCGCUGGAGAUGGAGAUGGCAGGCACAUUUUGCCAUGUGGGAUGAACACUGCAGGAUGAUCUGCAGUAGCUAUGGAUUAUGAUGCAUGAGGCCCCAAACCAAGAAUUGGCCCUUCCAAUCCAUGAAAUCCCAGUCCCUAAGACAAAGAAAGAAAGAAAAAUGAUGUAUCCAUGACACCGAAUGGCAAUCAUCUGAUGAUGAUGAUGAUGAUCAUCGGCAUCAUCAUCAUUGCCAUUCAGCUUUCAGCAUCAUCAUCCGCCACAUCCGCAUCUCCAUUCUCCAACCCCGCAUCAUCCACGUUUUUGCCUACCCCAAGGAAUUACUUGGAACAAUGUGAUUCGUUCCAUCUCCGCAAUCGGAAAACCCUCAUGCUUGGGGUUUUUAACUAGUGGACCGGCUUUAUCCAAGAUCGCAAACCUGGAAGUGUACCAAGCCCAACAGCUUGGGUGAGGAUGAGAUUGGUGAAGUUUCCGCUCCGCCGAACCGAGAGGUUUGGUUGGUUGGGCGAUGUGAUUUGCCGGCGGUGCGGUCGGUGGUUGAUACCCUCGGUUAUGGUGAGUUUAUUGUAUUCAGUAGUAUGUGUGUAGUAGUGUUCAUUAUUCUGGACAAUAUGACUGAAUAGGCAUUCGGUAUUUCCGUGGUAUGCUGUUAUCGUGUUAUGGUUAUCAGAGUGGAUAGACUGGG